GGCCAACAGCCAUUUAGUACGAUGCUGCAAUGGAAAGCUCGCUGCAGGAGCGGCUCAAGAGACUACGAGAGCGCGAGCUAGCACGAGCAAAGAAGCCUUCUGCGGCGGCGUCGUCUUCAGGCGCGGGCACGACUCUGGGGGCAGAUCAUAGCGCAGCAGUGGCCGAGGACGACAUCGAAGCACUCAUCGCUCAGGCACGCGAUGAGGUGUCCAUCGACGGCCAGCACGGUGUGACGUACGACAACGACGAAGAGUACGAGGAGGACCUAGAAGGGAGCGUCGACUGGCGCACAGGCAACGUUGCGUCCGAUGACGAGAGCAGGGCGACGGUGGCACAGCCAAUCAGCCGACGGGAGCUGGACGAGGUGACAGCGGAGGCACACAAGCUCGCCCUCGAAGCACAGCACGGACUGCAGGACCUUUCUCGAGAAGGGCAAGGACCGCCCAAGCAGAAACAAAAGGCUGGUCAGCUCGAGCUAGAGCCAAGGGAGAAGCCCAUACUGACGAGAGCAUCCACGGGCCAAGAUGGAUCAGAAGAUCUGCAAGACGAGCUCGCAGACGCUCUCGCGAGCGAGAUUGGGGAGGGCGAGAGCACGAAACCGUCGCUCAAGAAUCACGAGCUGGUAGCAGAGCCUACCACUGCGGGUGACAGAGAGCGCGAUCCCUCCUCCCCAGGCCAAGCGAAGGGAGAGCCCCAAGAAGCUGACGAUCUCCUCUCUCGACUGGCUCUUUUGCGCGCUGGCAAGAGCCCGACGGCAAGCCAAAGCUCGAGCUCUCUCUUGCCUCAGCGCUCAGCACCAAUCGAAAGCGAGUCGUGGGCCGACCCUUUCGAUCUGCCAAGUGCUCCGAAGGACGAGCCGAUCAGAAGCACCAGAGAUGGUAGGGAGGAGGAGAAGGAGGAUGACUGGAGGGCCCGGCAUGAUGUACAGGGGCGAGAUCUCUCCGCGUUUGAGAAGCUCGUCCGACUGGACGCAAACAAGCUUGGCGAGCCGAGCGCGAGGUCAAUCGGAGCCAAAGGGGGGCCGCUGGUCAAGAAGCAAGCAACGAAUGACAACGACGAGGGCGACCCAGACGAGUGGUGCUGCAUCUGCACCAAUGACGCCGUCUUCGAGUGCACGGGCUGCGACGAUGAUCGGUACUGCGAAGCAUGUUGGAGAGAGGGCCAUGAGACAAUGGACGCCGAAGAGAAGAGGGAGCACCGGGCAAAGCACAUCGUCCGUGCUCGGCCGAAGCGUCGCUUGAUGGCGGCGGCAGCUUGAACCCUCUGCUCACGUACUCUUUACUAUCUUUUCUCGCUCAGUCGCUUCAUCGCUUUUCUAGCAAUUGACUGGCUCUUGUAAAUAUGUGAAGCAUGGAUAUACACGAGGCAGCGAGCGACGGCUACUUUGGGUCAAUUUGGACAUAGUCUCGCUCGUCUGCCUCGACGUCUGGCUUGACGGAGCUGUACACCUCUGCAACAAGGCCGAGGGCAGUGGCGCGUAACCGCUGCGUCUCCUUGUUCACGCCUGCGUCGUACAGGACCCUCUCUGUCACCUCUCGAAUGACCGAUUCCACC